AUGGCCGUCCCACCAGGUCAAACAACCGACGGCUACGAAAUUCAAUUCGGAACAAACCACCUCGGUCACGCGCUGCUUAUCAAGAAACUCCUUCCACUCCUCCAGGCCACGUCUGAUGAUCCCCGGAUCGUCAUCCUCACCUCAGAAGGCUGGUUUUUCCACCCGCGCGGCGGGAUCGUAUUUGAGACGCUGGAUACAGAUCAGGAUAAGUGUUUCCUUGGUCCAUGGCACCGGUAUGGGCAGAGUAAGCUUGCGAAUAUGCUAUACGCGCGUGAACUGGCCAAGAGGGUAUCUGGGGUUAAGUUUUUGGCUGUUCAUCCUGGUAUUGUGAACACGGGUUUGGUUGAUGCGAUGAGUUUAAAGAAUCGGGCUGUUGUUUAUGCUACUGCUUGGUGGAGGUUUGUGAAGCCUGAGGAGGGGGCGUAUAAUCAGGUUUGGGCUGCUACUGUUGAUUUUGUAGAGUGGGAGAAUGGAAAGAAUGAAGAAAAGGGGGUUGUUAAUGGGGGUUAUUAUGAGCCUGUUGGGAAGUUUAUGGAUGGGAGUUUAGAUUCUGUUGCUGUGGAUCGGGAGGGGGCGCUUGCGGGAAGGUUGUGGGAGUGGACUGAGGAGGCUUUGAAGGAGUUUUGA